GCAAAAUGAGAUACGCCCAUCUUUUUGCGCUGUAGCUUUAGCAACCAAAAAACAAGUUGUCUUAGCUUCUCAGAGUGUUUUGCAAGCUGCAAUCAACUCAAAGAAGUGCUUCUUAGCGUCCUCUAGCACCAUGACGCGAGUGACGGAUGACAGUUGGAAGAAGGUCCAACAGAACACCUUUACCAAUUGGAUCAACAACUCACUGCGAGGACAUUUAAAGAAGGCAGAUCGACAGGUCGAUAACUUGACUGAAGGCUUUCAGGAUGGUCUCACGCUCAUACAGCUGCUGGAGACAGUUUCCCGUAAGAAGGUCGGGAGGCACAACCAAAACCCGAAAAUCAAAGCGCAGAUGAUGGAGAAUCUGGAGGCCUCGUUCAAAUUCAUGGACACGGAGGAUAUCAAACUUGUCAAUAUCGGUCCCCUCGAUCUCUACAAUGGCGAGCUGAAGCUUAUCAUGGGUCUGAUCUGGACUCUAAUUCGUCGAUACCAAAUCCGAAGUACAGGCCGUGCCCUCUCGACCAAAGCGUCCAUGUUGGCCUGGAUCAACACUCAAAUUCCCGAUCAAAACAUCAAGAACUUCACUACCGACUGGAACAGCGGAGUAGCCCUGUGUGCCUUAGUCGACCGCAUUCAACCAGGAGUAUGUCCUCACUAUGGCACCCUGGAUCGCACCAAAAAACUCGAGAACUGCGGACUAGGAAUGGAGCUAGCUGAGGAUAAGCUCAGCAUCCCGAAAAUCUUGGAGGCCGGAGAUCUUAGUCAUCCUGACAUUGAUGAAAUCAGUGUUAUGACCUACAUUUCGUACUUUUGCAAACCUGCAAAUGAGCAUCUACUGCACUGGGUGCAGAAGAAACUUCCCGAUCGAAACAUCACAAACUUCCAGACCGAUUGGAACAACGGAGUUAAUCUCUCUUGCCUUGUGGAAGCACUCUGCCCCAGGACUAUCCCAAAAUGCCGAGAACUAGACCCACACAAGUCUCUCGAGAAUCUCGUUGAAGCAAUGAAAUUGGGAGAAGACCAUCUUGGAGUGAAACCAGUCAUCAAGCCGUCUCAAAUGGCAGAUCCAGCUGUGGAUGAACUGAACGUUGUAACUUACCUGUCUCGAUUCCAGUAUGCAAGGCCAAUACCACAACCUCAAGAGGUCACAUGCACCGGCAAAGGCCUCUACAAAGCAUUUGUUGGACGACCUGCAACUUUUGACAUCGAUGGUAGCAAGGGAGGUGUGGGUGAGCUUAAAGUGAUUAUUACUGCCAAAAGUGGUAGCCCUAUCACAGCCGAAAUCAAACCACACGCAAAACAACCCGGGCUGUACGAAGUGAAAUAUGUUCCGCGUGUACCAAGCAAGCUGAAAAUUGAAGUUAUGUGGAGCGGAUAUGUGAUUCCAGCUAGUCCCUUCUCUGUGGACGUCUUAGAUCCAGGAGCUCUUACCUUCACCAGCAAGUACAUCACAGGGGGUCACUGUGCCAUGGUGGGAAAGACGGUUACUAUGGAUGUAGGUGGUCUUACGGACAUUUCCGAUUUGUACGUGCUUAUACAACAUGCCGACGGACAUACGGAGACUGCAAAGGUUAUCGACAAUGGCAAUGGAAAAGCUGAAUGCACCUACAUACCUACUAGAGUCGGAAAAGACGAAGUUUUUGCGAAAAUUGCUGGAACCGAUUUGCCGGGAAGUCCGUUUGAAGUGAAAGUUGUUGAUCCGAACCAAUGCAAUGUAUCGCAGCAUGACCCACCACUUGGGAAACCCAUCCUUGUCAACAAGAAAGUUUCGUUUGCCAUCAUAGCCCACGGAGAGAAUCUGCACGGUAUUGUAGCCAUUGUGAAAUCACCCUCAGGCCCCCAAGAGGUUCCAAUCAUGAGGCGAGAUGAUGCACCCAAUCUCGGCACCUUCACACCAGUACAAACGGGUUCCCAUGAAGUCGUGGUAACAUGUGCCGGUGAGAACAUUCGUGGUUCCCCAUUUACUCUGGACAUUUGCGACCCAUCAAAAUGUGCAUUUCUCGAUACCAUUCCCCGCUAUCUACAAAUGAGCAAGCCACACAAAGUCCAUCUGAGUACCAAAGGAGCUGGUCCCGGUACAGUCGAUGUCACCUCUAGUCAAGUUGGGGUUCUGAAAGUAGAGCCCAAGAAGGGAUCCAAAAGCGAUUUAGUUGGGAUCGAAUUUUCACCGUCUACCGUUGGAGAGUCUACUGUUUCUGUUAAAUACAAUGGCGCAGUGAUUGCUCCCACUCCCCACACUAUGUUUGUAUGUGAUGCCUCUCGUUGCAGUGCAUACGGACCAGGGCUCACCUCUGGAAAAGGGAAAAUCCAAGAACUCUUCGCUUUCACCGUCCAAGUCAAGCAGGCUGGCAGAGGAGAACUCACAGUCAAACCAAAAGGACCCAAAACUGUCUAUGCAGCAGAUAUAAAGAAGAACACGGAUGAUACGUACAGCGUAAGCUUCACAUCGUACGAAAUCGGUGACCAUGAAAUCGAUAUUUUCUGGGGAGGUGAACCAAUUCCAAACAGUCCCUACAAAGUGGAGUUUUGCCGACAAGUGGACAUCUCAAAAAUUACCGUUCGUGGUUCUGGUUUGGAGAAAUCCGUUGCUAAUCGUCGGGCGGAGGUGACGGUAUACGCUCGUGAAUCAAAGCUAAUCGAUAGUGGAGCGCUCAAUGUCGUAUUCAGUUCUGCCUCAGGGGCCGAAAACGAGAAUCCAGAUGUCGACAUCUACGACAAAGAGAAUGGAUCCUAUAUCAUCUCCUAUACACCCAAAGUCGCCGGAGUUCUAAAACUGACCGUAGCAGGUGAUGGAGAACAGAUAACCGGGAGUCCAUUCAACAUCAAAGUUGAACCAGAACCAAAAGCUGAAAUGUGCACGAUUCGAUCCCGUUCUGGAGAAGACCUUUUCAAAGACAGCUCUGAGUAUUAUCAGAUCGUUGGCAAGCCUCUAGAGUUGACUGUCGACACAACAAACGCUGGAACAGGGUCGCUAACGGUGACUGGAGAAAAACCAGACGGUAGUAGCCAGAGAAUAUUUGCAACAGAUGAAACAAAAGGCGGUAAAAAAGUUACGCUACUCAAGUUUGAAACUACUGCUCUCGGAACGCACAAACUUUCUAUAACCUGGGAGGGAACUCACAUUCCAAAGAGCCCAUUCCAAAUCCAUGUUGUCAACCCUGGCAACUGCAAGCCGACUGGAGAUUUCCCGAGCUACAUUAAAAUUGGUGAGACAAAAACUGUCGCAUUUACUGCACAACAAUCGGGACCAGGAGAAUUAUCGGCACAUACAACAGACAAGCAAGUUAGUACUGCAGUGAAAGCAAAAAAUCUUACACUCAGAGGAGUCAGCUUCGGAACUGCUAAAGUACAUGUCACCUACGGCGGAUAUGAUGUCACCGGUUCCCCCUAUUCCCUGGGCGUGUGCGAUCCCUCGAAAAUCAUUCUCGAUUUGGCAGCUCUGAAAGGUCAAAAGUACAUAGUGGGCAAACCGUUCAGUUUCAAUGUGAAUACAAGAAAUGCUGGGCAUAGCAUACUGCAAGUGAAACCGAUGGAGAGUCACAAGUGCAAUAUCGAAGUGACCGAAAUGCAGAACGGUAAAUGGAAAGUCACUUAUACUCAAUGGACCCCCGGAUCCCAAGGUCUCUCGAUCCUCUGGGGGGAUUGGGACAUCAGAGACAGUCCAUUUCGAUUUGACGUCAGCGAUCCCAAGAAAGUGAUUGUUAAAGGCCUGCCAGAUCCGAAAACGUAUGUUCCAAUUAUGGGUGAGGCAAUAAAUUUCACCAUUGACUACACACAAGCUGGAGCUGGUAGUCUCACGACCGUCGCUAAAUUGGAAGGCGGAGAGGAAAAAGAAAUCGAAAGGGAAGAGACCGACGAUGGUGCUUCAAAAACUGCAUCACUGCAAAUUAUCCCCAACAAACCUGGAAAACUUGAACUAGUUCUGAAAUUCAACGGUGUGAAUAUAUUACCUGCCGUCUGCAUUUACGAGGUUCCCGAUCCGUCUCGAUUCCAAGUCACCGCUCCUAAAGGGUUCGGACAAAUCAAAGAGUAUGUGAAGUUUCCAAUCACUGGAGUUGGCAAGGAUACAGACUUGAAGAUAACAGCCAUACAUCGUAACCACGACGCCACAGUGAAGACUGAACCAGGGAAAGACGCGAGCACGGUUAUCGCUCGAUUCACUCCCAAGCAUACGGGUGAGUACAAAGUAAAAGUGAUGCACAAAGGACAGAAUGUUGCAGGUAGUCCAUUCACAAUGCAAAUUGCAAAUCCUGAUGCUUGCAAGCCAAUUGGAGACCUGCCUUCCGUUGUGCACACAGGAAACAAAGGUACUUUCGAGAUUGACACUUCACAAGGUGGUCUUGGUUCCAUUUCAUUCCAAAUUGAAACUCUCUCCGGUGACAUUCAACCUGAGAUUACUUCAGCAGGUAGCAAACACACCAUUCAACUGAGCAGAGGAAUUGGCAGCUAUCGAGUGAGCAUAAAAUAUACAGAGUAUACUAUCCCAUCCACUCCGUUUGAUGUCCACUUUGUCGACAGCAGUCAGGUGACUUGGACGAGCAAUCGUGAUUUGACGACCGUGAAACAAGGUGAAGUUGUCAUUAUCGAACUGGACUGUACCAAAGCUGGUCAAGCCACUCCCAAAGUCAAAACCGUAGGUCCACAAUCGGAGCAACCCUCACAGAUCAAGGACAACAAAGAUGGGAAAUUUACGAUUAUACUCAACCCCUGGCAAGUGGGAAAGAACACAGUUGAAAUCAGCUAUGGCGGACGUCCGAUACCUAAAACUCCGAUAAACUUUGAAGUUGUCAAGCCGGUUGAAGCUAGGACAAUCACUGCUACUGGUGAAGCGUUCAACAAAGUUAUCGCUGGCGUGCCCGCAAGCGUGACUAUCAACACUCCCAAUCCAGGUCUUCUAGACAGAGGACUUUUGAAGGCAAAGUUCUUGAGUGAGGAAGACUUGACUGUACCAAGUAUUGACCUCACCGACACGGGAGACGGAAGAUACGAUCUCACGCUACUCUCAGAAAAUGAGGGCGAGUUCAGUCUAGACAUCAGCUGUGACGAGAGCUCCAUUAUCGGGAGUCCAUUCAAGAUCUCAGUGUCUGCAGCACCUCAAUCUGAUAAAUGUAAAGCAUUUGGGCCGGCACUCAGAAAGAAUGCCAAACUAGUCGUACAAGACCCGGUCAAGUUUACUGUGGACACUACAAAUGCUGGAACGGGAGCUCUGAACAUCUCAGCAAAACAACCAAACGGGAAAACAAUCCAAGUAUACCAGAACAACGAAAGCGGACAAAAAAUUCUUCACCAUCUCAAGUUUGACCCUGAGAUAGUGGGAUCACACACUGUCACCAUCACUUGGGAUGGUGCGGACAUACCAGGCAGCCCUUUUAAUUUCAAUAUUGUUGAUCCUUCGAAAGUGAUUGUGAAUGGCUUGCCUCCACAACCACACGGACUGGCUUACAUCAACGAGCCGUUUAAAUUCUCUGUCACGCUCAACGGCUGCGGCACUUCUUCUCCUAGAGUGUACAUUGACCCGCCAGGUGAUGCAACCCCAACACCACUCAGUGGUAAAUCAACUUCCGAUGGUGUCUUAGGCUACCAGCAUGCACCGAAAUUUUUUGGCGUCUAUUUGGUGAGUGUGGAAGUGAGCGGAGUCGAUGUUCCCGGUUCUCCCUUUAAAUUGAGUGUUAUUGAUCCGAGUAAAUUCUCAAUCGCUGCUCUGAGUCUGAAGGGAGACUAUGCAGUCGUGUGCGAGACAGUAUCCAUCUAUAUUCAUGGAAACGCAUCUAGCGAUGACACACUAAGUGUGACUGCACACGGACCAACAGCUGAUCUAAACGUCGAAACGACAGAUAUCGGUGACGGAAAACACCAAGCGGAUUUUGUCCCAAUCGAACCUGGAAGUUACGAAGUGUUUGUGGAGUAUGCAGGUACCCAUGUCAACGGUAGCCCCUUUACCGUCAAAGUAGCCGAUCCCUCCAAAUGUCAGGUGCUGGGGGAUGUGCCUAAAUUCGUGCAGGUUGGAAAAUCCGAGGAGUUUAUCAUCAAAACUCGAGGAGCUGGCAUGGGAAAAUUGGAAACACUUGUGAACGAACAAGAGAAAUCUCCCUUCAUUGGCAUGGAGACAAUCAACCAGGGACUUGAUACAUACUCUGUUGUGCUCACGGGUAAGAAAGUAUCGGACAUUAUAUUGGACGUACAAUGGGCGGGAUAUAGUAUUCCUCAAAGUCCCUUCGCAAUGAACGUGUGCGAUGCCAACCAGUGCACAGCAUACGGUCAAGCACUUGAUCACAAGAGAGGUACUGCUGGAGAACCGAUUGUUUUCACUGUCAAAUCCAAAGAUGCAGGUAAAGGAAAACUGACAGUACUGGCCAAAGGACCUUCCGCACAGUACAAUGUGGACAUGAGGGAGACAGCCGUGGAUACGCAUGAGGUCACUUUCACACCGUGGGAAGUCGGAGAACAUACGAUUGAAGUCCAGUGGGGCAGCGCUGAUAUCCCUAAGAGUCCGUUUGUGGUGGCUGUUUCAAAUCCAAACGAUUCCACAGUAUGCAAUGCCACGGGGGAGGGGCUGAAGACGGCUAUUGCUGGAACUAAAUCUACAUUCAUGAUCAUUUCUAGUGAGGCUGGUCUCUUGGAGAAAAAUGCCCUUAAAGUGACUGUUAUGGGCGUCCAAUCACACGCAGAAGUGGUCAUAAAGGACAACAACAACGGGAGUUACAAUGUGGAGUACGUUGCCCCCAGCUCUGGCGCUUACGUGGCUUCAGUAACUUUCUUCGACCGUCAGAUUCCCGGGAGCCCAUUCAAGAUAAAUGUCUUCCCUAAACCAGACGCCUCCAAGUGCUUUGCCUACGGACCUGCACUCAACCAAAACUCCAUCCUUAUUGCCGGGUCUCCCCUCGAGCUAUUUGUCGACACCAAGGAAGGCGGCCAUGGUCUACUGAGAGUGUAUAUUCAAGGUCCGAACGAUCACCGACCGAAAGUCUUCAUCGCCGACGAUAGUCAAGGUGUGUAUUCGAUCAAAUUCGAUGCCAUGAAGCCUGGCAAAUAUUUUGUAGUGGUUGCAUGGUCUGAGGAGCAUAUACCGGGAUCACCGUUCAAGCUGCGUGUUCGUCCAGCUGCCGAUGCAGGCAAAGUGAAAGCGUAUGGCCCGGGGCUCAUCGAUGGAUUCCUGGGAGGUCCAGGUCAGUUCACCGUGGAAACCAAGAAUGCCGGAGUGGGUACGCUCCUCAUACGAGUGCACGGUCUAAAAGACUCAUUCAGGAUCGAGGCUCACCCCUUCUCCAGCAACGACCCUCGUACCCUCAUCGCUUCGUACAACCCCAGGCUUAUAUCCCACUACGUCGUGUUUGUGAGGUGGUCGGGUAUCCACAUCCCUGGAUCUCCGUUCAAUGUGUCCAUUAGAGGGAGACCAGGGUCCACAGGUUCAUCAAAAAAGAGUGUUGACUCUGAAGAUGUACCCAAGGCCAUUUCUAGCACUGAGCCAACAAAGGAGCUUUUUGACCAAGAAAAAGAGGUGCUUGACGAUUCCUUCGCUAAAGCUGCACCCCAAUACGAAGCUCCAAAACGUAAGAAACAAAACUCGAAACAAGAGAAAAGAGCUAGAGAACAAGAAGAAAAACAACAAGCCGUACGUCCUAUGUCAACAAACAGUGGUCGUGGUUUGAUUAUGGUUCAGUCACCUUCUGUAGUCUCUAGUGUGGGACCCAUCGGACCGAGUCUCAAAAUGAAACCUAAUCCAGGCAUGGCGAUGGCAUUUGCUCAGACAGGGCCACCACCUGACAUAGAGAUUCAGACAACCCGCAAGAGAGCACCAUCCAGCAAGACGGACAAACGACCUACCUCCCCCCAAGGUCCCAAAGAAAGGGCUAAGUCUCCCCCACCAAGUAAGAAACCAACAUCACCAAAGGGCCAAUCAGGAAACAAAACGAAGAGCCUGGCACCCCGUGCAGCUCGUUCUAAAAGCCCCCCUUCUAGUGGCAAAGCACAACGGUCCAAAAGCCCGCCUUCUAAGAGACCCAGUGCACCAAAAAGUCCCCCUCCCAAGAAAACAGGACAACCCCCACCGAGUGGAAAGAGGGCGGCACCCCCUGGCAGUAAGGGAGGAGCACGCAACAAGAACCCCAGUGGAGGGCAACCUAAAGGGAGUACCCCUGCAGAGCCAAGAUCAGCAUAUCCAUGACACUAACAUUAAUGGUAACUCUACAAACUAAACGAUAUAACUGUGUAUGUACGUAUACUUACUUGAUGUUUUUACUUAUGCUGCUAUACUAGAUUUUUGGCACUGUCUUUUUCGUAAGUAGAUGCAUCAUUUUAUUUGAUGGAAAUUUUAACUGAUUUGUGAUUAAACAAUUAAUUUUUAAUGGCAUAACAGUUUACAAGGUAUAAA